GGCCUCGCAAGGCACGUUCGCAGCGCUCGCUCAUCAGACCGGUCGUGGUCGGAGGCCGUCUGGUCUGGCGUGCGUGUAUCGUGGAGGCUCACUUCACGAGUGUCACUCGAGCGAUUCGCAUCGGCACGAAGGUUCUCCUCGGGUUUGUGCGUUCACCGACAACGAGUGUUAUGUGCAUUUGGGCUGCCGGCUAACCGAUCGUCGACGGCUGAGACCUUGUGGUGCACAGCGUGUAGCGACGCCGCUCCGGGUGUGUGCUUCGGGACGCGUCGUCUGCUCGGCAGCAAGAAUCCAAGAUGGCAGCGCCCGGCCGUACUGCGAGUGGAGCAGCCAGUUUGUUUGCAAGGACCCUAUGCGGACUGCUGCUCUGUGUUCUGCUGAAAUGCACCGUGGUCGCUUACGGGAAGCAAAUCACGUGCGCGUGCACGACGCAACACUGCCGCGAGCAGGGCACCAGCCGCUGCAACACGACGUCCAUGUGCUACACGCAGUACCUGCAGAGCCGCGACCCCAACACGGACCCGAUCACGCGCGGCUGCAUCAACAGCCGCACGCCGCUGCUGUGCGAGAACCGGCGUCCCGCGGUGCACUCGGCCGCCCGGUGGCCGCAGCUCGUCUGCUGCAGCAGCAACCUCUGCAACGAGGGCAUCCUGCCGCCGCCGCUGCACGCAGAGACGGCAUCUUCGUGGCCCGCGCUUCGACCCGAGGCGAGCAGCAGCGGCGUGGGCGACGGCGUGCCCGCUUCCACCGAGUUGCCGCAGCAGCCGCCCAACGAUGACGACGGCGACGACCGCCUGCUGAGCCCCGUGCACGUGGCGGUGCUGUCGGUGGGCGCCUGCGCGCUGUUCGCCGUGGCCCUUCUCGUGAUCGUGGCGCUCGUGCGGCGCCACGCGGGACUGCUGGGCGCGCGCUACGUGCGCGGCAACUACAUCAAGGGCCGCCGGCAGAGCGCCUCCGACGACGGCACGCCGAACGGUGGCACCUACGACAACAAGAUGGCCGUCGUCUCCUGAUCAGGGGCCGGUCGCCGCCUCAGUGUGUGUGUGUCCGUGCGCGCGCACCUUCUCAACGCGCCAUCACCAGGGAGACUCGUUAUCAAAGUGAACUCUGGUGGGGUGGACGCUCGAACCUGGGACCAAGUGGUGCACGUGUGAGUUAAGUGGAGGAGUCGUCGAAGGGCACCGCGGUUGGGACACUCGUGAGGUGUCCGGGAGACCACGUGGAGAGCCAGCCAAGCUGUUAUGGUGACAUUUGGAAGUAUGGAAGUCCGACCUCUAUCAGACAUCAUCCUGCCGAAUCACACGUCGGCCGUGAGGCCUGAACGCUGGCCCAUGCUUUUCGUGGGGCAGCGAAAGCUUGUCCUAAGAGUCAGUGCCUUCGCCGGAAACAUUGCAGUGUCGUAGUUUCGCGCCCGAGCUCUUGCGAUUAUCGACCUAAAUGUUUAGCUCGAGGUUGUGCGAUCUGUGACCCUCAGCGAGUAGCGCGUAUCUGGGUAACCCAACUCUGUACAAGUGGAACGUGCUUUUCUGAAAGGCAGCUUGCGUCCGGUUGCGUGUCCGCUGGCUCGCAGAAUGCACCGCAGGCGCUUGCGAGGGCAGGUGAGCUUUUCGUAGCGGUACCUGGUCGCGACGUCCUGUUGAUUCCGAGAAAAUCCGGGACCCCGCAGGGCAGGCGUGACGUCCCCGCGGCCCUACGUGGGCCGUGUGUAGUAUAACACUGCGAUUGAGCGCACAGCGUUGACCUUCGGAACGGGCGUUCCCGAUCGCUCACGUGACCGUUUCCUGUUCGCCAGUCGCAGCCAAGAAUCCGCGCCCGCCUGUUCGUUAAAUGCCAGCCGUCGAACGCUCGCGGGUCACGAUCCGGAGCAGGAUUUCUAGUGCCGGCCUUCGGAGUAAUCGACACCUUAUUCGAUUAGGCAGUUUGUUAAACGCCUGAUACGCCAUUGAAAUAAGCUUUCGUCGGGACCAUCACCUAUGCUGCUGGUCACGGCAUAGCGGCCGAUCGUAUUGGGGCCAAAUAGUCGGCAGAUGUUAUCGGCGGCCGACUGUUCGAAGUUGGAGCUAUAUAACUUAUUCGUUUUCACCAAGACAAAUUGUCACUCCAAAAAAAAAAAAGUACAUAAGUUCGCUGGUUCCGAAGUUAUAGGUUCUGCCUGCAGGAGGUGUUGGCGUUGAAUGAUGGCUGAAUGAAGAUGCGACUAAUGACAUGGCGUCGCGUAAAGCUAAUGAACGCAAAUAUUCCUAUGUAAGUUAUAGAAAAUGAUCUUAUAUUAGGAAGCCUGAUGUACUAGGCGAUAUUCUCGAGCGAAGGGAAAGAACCAUGUAUAAAGAGCAGACUCAUACUUCAUUUAUUGGACGGACAGUCUACGUUAAAAGAAAAAAAAAAUCUCUCAGCACCAUGCUAAUUACGCACAUCCAAUACUACAGCCGCGAUAGAGGCGCGUAUUCAGGGAUCAACUUACUAAUCGUUUCGGCCAUCGCUCGUAGCGUUAGUGAGUUAGGCAUACAAAUACAAACGCGCUAGAAAUAAUGUUCCACUUGUUGCUUUCAUCAACUAGCCAUCGUGUUACUGCCUUAUUGAACCGCUGGAGUACCCGACCUUUAUCGCGUUCUUCCAGGACCACAUGUUCCCCAUCGUUGGUUGUGUGCUUCGUGCCCCUGUUCACUUGUUGUUUUUCGUGUUGUUGUUGACCGUACAGUGUUGUUGUACACACGUCCUCCAUUGUACAGUGAAAGUGUUCCUCUCGGAAGUGGAACGCGCACUUACACUCUGAAUUUGUGCACUGUAAAUAUCGCCUAUAAUGGGCGCUCCGCCAACUUUUUCUCACCUACGCUAUACCUGACCCGCCACCCCCGCCUUAGUCGCUGUGAUAGGGGGUUUGUUGGCGGGAUCGCUUGCUGAAUACUGCCGAGAACAAGGGAUCUAAAUUCUGCAGGCAUUCGUUCAAGAUUCGGUUCAUUUCUGGUUCUUCAUAAGGUCGCAUUUAGAUCUUCGUUAAACUACCAUAGGUAGCAUAUUGAAGGUGUGUGUGUGUGUCACGCUAAGAUUGGCAGCCUGGAAAAAAAACUAAUUAUCGAGAGGAGAUUACCCCCCCCCCCCCCUUCCGGUUGUCUCUCGAUUAAAUAGCACAUUUCAUCGAAUGGGGGCUGAGACAUACCCCAAAUAUUCACAGCUCCUGAUCUUCGUACAAAAGACACCAAAAUGUGCCUCGUUGACCGUGCCUUUUUUAAAAGACUCGCACGAAUUCGCUGUCAUUGUUCGAACCUGAUCGUCAUCUCUAGCUACCAGGCUCCAGGCUAUUCUAGGCAAAAGAACAGAAUGGAGCGAAAGAAAGGUUUUGAUGCCUGCAGAAUCUAUCCCGAAUACGCGGAACCCUAUACAGGGGUGCGCAGUAAGGUCGCGCGCCCGUCUUACGGCUGGCCUCUUCCUAACUUUUCUCUCGAAAAAACACGAGAGCAAUGUUUUGCUGCCUUUUAAGUGGCCUCGUUCUUGCCUUGGCCACUAACGGUGUCACCGGAAGGUCGCCUGUUUUGGCGCUGCCUUCUUGUCAGUUGUGCCUUCGCUCGCUUCUGACAUAGGCACGGAUGGUCUGCAAUGCAGCGCCAUUGUAGACCUCCACGGCCUGCUGGAGGUCCGGGUCGAAGAGCCCGUAAAGUGUUCUUUACUCGCUGCCAGUUCCAAUGACGGUACCUUUUUUUUUUUUUUUUUUUUUUUUUUUUUUGUAAGGCUGGUGCACACGACGGACGAAAGUACAGACUCCCAGAACGGACAACCCACGACGUGACUAUGAAACUGAUCCGCGCGGCGAAAGAAAAAUAGAGAUGGGAGGGAAAGGGGGGGGGGGGGGGGGGCAGAGAUUAUUCUGUGUUAGGAUAUCAGGUGGUCUACCCAUGCGCCAGCUUCCCAUCGAGCACAGCUCUUCACUCAUGACAGUUGCGCAACGGUAAAUUGACGCGCCACCAUUAACCGAGAAUACGAAACUUAGCCACGACUCCUCGCCACCAAUCGUCGUUUAAAAAGUCAUCGACAAACCCGGCUGCAAGAAAGGCGCUGAUUGGAAACGCUGUUUAUUUGGUGUUGCGUAAUGUGCUUUUCGCCAAUCGCUGUGGCAUUUUCUGAAACGCGCGGAAUUUCUCAACUUUUUCACGAUUGAAGAGCUCUGCCCUUGGAUGGCUUGCGGGGGGGGGCUACAACCUGAUCAGACCACUUUCUACCGCGGCCGUCGGAGGAGGGCGUGUUGGUGCUUGGGGCUGUAAGGUCCCUAGAUAAAACAAGUUUUCCUAGGGACCUUAUGUGGCUGUAAACCAGCGUCCUUGCUCUGCCGUCUGCUACUGCGCACCGCCGUAGACCGUCGUCUGCAUCUGCCUAACGAAAGCAAGGGUUCGGUCGAGCAGAAGACAAAAAGAGCACCGGUUUCUGGUUGCGGGCACACACUCCAUGCUCGAGUAUACCGCGGCGCGCAGUUGGAACGCGACCGCCAACGCCGCCGCGCCCCGUUCCAACUGGGCUCCACUUCCCGUCUGCGAAGCCAAGGCCGCAGCAGACGUUUAUACAUUCCCAGAUAUCUCGCACACGUCCGCUUGCUGCCAACGGACUUCUUUACUUUCCGGGCGCGCGAAGACGUGUUCAAAAGUGCCUGCGCGCGGUUUCUCUAAAGGCUUGUUAACAAAGGGGUGCGCGAGAGACGGUAUAGUUUACCAACCAGCACCAGUGAUACCGCUGCAUCCGUCCUGCAUCUUACAUUUCAUUGCAGUGGCCAGCAGGCCGGUCGGUGUCUUCGCGCGUUGUUCUUCAUUUCUUUUCUCAUUUUUCAUCGCUUCUUCUUUUUUGCGGCUUGUACUUGAAGACUAAACUUCGCGUUUCUGUCGUUGCGGUGUCUUUUGAGAUGUUUACUCGUUGCAUCAUGCAUUCCUGUGCCUUCCUUUCCAUGUUUCCUUCCUUUUUUGUUCCCUCCAAACCUGCGUCGGCACGACGCUUGACUAGAGUUGUACGAAUCUCGCUGUUUCGUUGUGUCGCAUGACGGAGUGUCCCUGCUCCGUCAAACGUGUUUGUUUCACCGCGAACCCACGCGCAAAGUGCUGCCGUGCCAAACUUUGAGUUGCUUCUGCGCUUAAUGAUUGCAGUGUAAAGUUGUCCGAGGGGCGGAGAGAACGGGUAGGGUGGGGGGUGGGGGGGGGGGGGGGGCAGUAUUUUUCACUUACAUAGAGAAAGCUCUUAACGACCGCAAUCCUAAGCGCUAAUUGCGCACAUCGCGGAGCCCUUUGUUAGAUGAUGGGAGGUUCUUCGUCGUUAUUCGUAUUUUAGUUUAUUCUCGUAUAGAAACACUGAGGGUAAAGGACAAAAAGGCACACGCCAGUACUCGACUAAGACAUUAAGCCCUGUAAAUACUGAUAUGAACAUAAACUUUUAUCUUCAACAUUCCUUAACCUAAUGCUUUUGAUUCGGCGUCUCGAAGCUGUCCGGGUAUUUGGAUAAUCGGCGAGAAAAUCGGAAGUGCGAUCCCGUCAUCGCGCCGCUGGCUAAGAGACACUGCGCAUGCUCAGGGCUGCCUCGGAGGGUUUUUGCCAAUGUUCAGUAAGUACUGUCAGGACACCACUGCUUGGAGAGUCGAGAUUCGUUAGGUGAAACACAUAUAAUAUUCAAACACUCACAGCAGCUUGCCGUAAGAGAGAACGCCUGCGAAUUAUUCGAUCAUUGAUUGAUACCAACGUUAGUCGUGAUAUCAAGAAUAUUUAUUUCUCACAAAGCAGCGACAAUGUUAAACUUUAUACUGUCGAAAAUACUAGUGAUGCGUACCCUCUAACAGUGGAUCAUCAUGUAUGUCUUGGCGCCGCAGGUCAGAAUUUCCAGUCUUUUAAGUGCCAGUGAGUACUGUUUGAUAGAUUUAAGUAUACGCUUGAUGUGGAGCUUUUGUCUAAGCACUGAUAAAUGAACACGCACGCUUUGCACGUGGGUUCGUCGCGUCUGACUCAAAAAAAUCUCCCCAUGUUGCACUCGAAACGAUCGUCUAGUUCGCUGUCACUUCGGUGCGAACGGGUUCCCGCACCAUCACUGUUAUUUCUCAAGUCAUGUGUUCUUUUAUUUUUUUCUUGCACGGAAAUGUUGUCCUAACUUAUUUAUUUAUGCUCACAUUAUUGAGUUAUCAUUAUUUGACUAUAUAUUAUUAUAUACAGAGAGAUGCUAUUCUAUUGAACGACAUGUCUCAGUGAAUUCAACGUGUCCUCUCUUUGUUGAUUGACGGUGGCGUGGUUGUACAUAAGAGUGAUAUAUACAUAUAUGUGUUUUUUUUUU